CAGUAGGCAGAAAGCAAAAGCAGAAGUGAGGAGGAGGAAUCUUCCUUUUUCAGUUUUUUAUGGUUUUUAGGUUUUUUACUUUUGGGAGUAUUUGGACAAGUAUUUUUCGUAACUAGGCCGAAGGCCAUCGUCCUCUGCUUUGUCGUGUUUGUGUUGAAUUUGUGCGAACGGGGUUCGGUUUGGGGGAACUUUAACAAUAGUGAAAAUGUUACCUGCUACGGGUUUGUUCCGGACGAUCAAUUGCCCCUUCUUCGAGAAGGAAUUGUGUACGAGACCAUUUUGCCACUUUCGGCACUCGAAACCAGAAGUGCCCGCUGCCGCGACUUACAGUGCGACGCCAAAGAGUCUCCUGAGCCAGAGCAAUGUUCCGGUGCCGGCCACCGGCGCUGAUGGGCCGGCUCGCAAGAAGCCCAAGCUGGAGUACAUUCCGAUGCCGACGAUUCUGGCCCCCAAGUACGUCCCGAGCACAAAGCCGCCGGUCGUCGCUCCCAGUAAAGAUCCCGAGCGGGCGGAGAAACCUGUGCCGGAAGAAGUGGUUCAGGUGCCGGAUGUACCGGAAGUUGAUGAAAAUAAGCAAUCCAACGGGCACAGUGAGAAGCCUGUUGUGGAUGAGGUUCCGGUUAAAGAGAGUGUCAAGGUGGAUGAAAGUCCGGCGAUGGUGGUUGAGGAACCGGUGAAACCGGAACGAAAUGCUGUGGAGCCGGAGAAGAAAGAUCCCAAGAAGGAAUCGGAACAGAAGGAUAAAUCUAGUUCCAGCUCGAGUAGUUCGAGCAUCAAACAUCGAACCAGUAGCAAGGAUGAGCAAGAAAAGCGCAGAGACAAGCCCAGCCAAAAGGAGUCUGAGCGGAAAGGUAGCAGUUCCAGUAGCAGCGAUCGGAAGCACUCAUCGUCCUCGCGGAAGGACGAAAAGGUCAAAUCGUCUUCUGAUAAGGAGAAGACUCGCGAGAAGGAGCACAGCAGUUCGAAGCAAAAGGAUAGUUCGAAGGACAAAGAAAGUAGUUCUAGAGAUAAGGAGCGCAAAGUUGACAAAGCCAAAAGUAGCAGCACUAGUUCGUCUAAUAAAGAUAAGAUUCGUAGUAGCAGUAAGUCGGAUAAAGAAAAACCUAGUACCAGCAGUAGCAGUAAAUCCUCGGAAAAGGAUCGUCAUCGGUCGUCGCACAGUUCAAGCUCAUCAAAGAGUAAAAGCAGUAGCAGCAGCAGCAGUUCCAAGCACUCCUCCACGGCAUCGUCGAGCAGUAAAUCGAAAACUUCCUCAACUUUGCCACCGUCAAAGCCCGAGCCCAAGCCAAAAAUGGAGCUGGCCGAGGAAAUCUACCGCGACCUGCUGGACAAUCCGCCCAGCGACAUUGACGUCGACAGCGACGAAGACGAAGUUAUGAAGCAGUGCAAACUGAUCUUCGAAGAGUACGACACGGAACCGGCUGCUGCUCCGAUGGUGGCUUCGUCGACGACGGCCGUGGAACCGAAGGUGAAGAAAAAGCCGGAUGCAGCUGCGAAAAAGGACAACGGCGACGUUGAGCUGAUCGACAUGUUCGCCGACAAGUACUACGAUGAGAAUCGUAAGAAGCGGGUCGCGCACGAAAACGUCACCAGCAGCAAACCGGCGGCCGCGGUGCCUGCUCCGGCGAAGAAGGCAAACCACGUGCAGAAUGCGAUGAGGUCCGUCUACCUCCGGCAGGAGAUUGCCCGCAAGCAGCAGGAAGAACUGGCCGCCAAACAGCGCGUCGAGGAAGAAGCCAAAAAGCGCGUCGAAGAGGAAACGCGCAAGGCGAUGAGUAAACCGGUGACUCCGCGGCUUAGCAACGGCUCUCCGCGUUCUCCGGUGUUGAGUCCCACCGCUAUCAUCACACCACCGUCCGUGGACAAAUCACCCGUUUCCCCCAUCAGUACCAGUAGCUUCUACAGCAAACCAACCGACACGCUGACGACCCCGAGGAGUCGCUUCUCGCCGGCGGCAAACGUGCUCGCGUUCCAGAAGGCCAAGGAAAAGAUCGACAACCUGCGCCGGUUGAAGGGUAUGCCAACGGCGGGGACACCGGCCCAAACCGCACCGAAGGGAACCGGCCGAAUGGCGCACGUCAGCACCAAACCCGCAGCGACUACUGCGGCCCCACCUCAGAAACCGUCCCCGCCGGUGCUGGAGCCCGAGUCGACGAAAAUCUCCUACAACAUCCGGAUGCAGUUUUACAACUUGAUGAUCAAACACUGCCUCAACAUCUAUCCCAGCUGCGAGGACGCGUGGGACCGCGCCCAGACGGAGGAGCUCGCCGUGUUCAAAAAGUGCAGCACGCCCAUGAUCUACAAGAGCAGCGCCUUGCUGUCGAUCAACAAGCUGCGCAAGGAAGCGGUCGAAACGGGCAGUGAAGCGACGGACAAGAACAAAACCAUAUCGCACGAUGUCAUCCUGGCUGGCAAAAUGGGACACAAUAUCUCGUGGAGCGUCAACAAGAAGCUCAAAUCCGACGUCAAAUCAACCUACACAAUCGACAAUGCCCCCUCGACGGUGGCGUACAAAAUGAUAUUCGACUGCAUUCUAACCGAGGAACAGCUGCAAUCGAACGGAUUCCCGCGCGCAACCGACAUCCCAGGCAAGGCCAAAAUACAUAAACCCAAACCGUCGCGGCCACCCAACGAAGAGGAACGCUACUGCUCGCGCUGCUCCAAAGUCUUCAACCUGGAAUCCUACGAAGAACCCGCCGUCGAUUCGUGCAAUUACCACGCCAAGAGCACCUGCUACCGGCGCGGUUUCGCGGACAACCUGCACAGCUGCUGCCAGCAGCCGUCGGGAACGCCCGGGUGCAUGUACGCCAACUAUCACGUGUCCAGCUUUGUCGACUACGACGACCUGACGGGCUACGUGAAGACGAUCGAACCGCCCGAGGGGUACGUGUGCUCGAAGAAGGACGUCUUUGCGCUGGAUUGCGAAAUGUGCUACACGACCGGCGGGCUGGAGCUGACGCGCGUCACCGUGGUCGAUAUCAACGAGAAGACGGUCUACGACACGCUGGUGAAGCCGUCGAACCAGAUUGUGGAUUAUAACACAAGAUUCUCGGGCAUCACGGAACAAAUGCUGAGCGAAACCACGACGACGCUGUACAACGUUCAAGCCGUACUGCUAUCCAUGUUCAACUCGGAGACGAUUCUGAUCGGACACAGCCUGGACAGUGACUUUAAGGCGCUGAAGCUUAUCCACGACGUCGUGGUGGACACCUCGGUUCUCUACCCCCACAAAAUGGGACCGCCGAAGAAGCGCGCACUCAAGACGCUUUGUAUUGAGAAUUUGAAGAGGAUUAUACAGGAAAAUGACGCCGGCCACGACAGUGCCGAAGACUCGGUGGUUUGCAUCCAACUGAUAAAACAUUACCUGAGGAAUCGUAUUCUCUGAUUUAGCACUAAUCAUCACUUAUUUAUUUAUUACUCAUUGUUGGUUAUUUUCUCACACACACUUAUCCAUGAUGUCAUGGCAGGAGAAUGCGUUAUUGUUAAGAUAAAACCAAGGAAUCAUGAGCUGAAGACUAAGGACACAGCAAUAACAAGCACAGUAUCAAGUUUUCUAGAGGGAAAAUUUAUUAAGUAAAAUAAACUCUAUGAAAUAAUA